AUGGAUAUACAUUCACAGCACACACCUGGGAAGAUAAGUAUCUCUGAACGGUCCAUUCUUUCAGGUGCAAAGGCGGUUGAGAAUGCAGAUUACCCACACUACUAUAAUCUCUUAAGAAAAAUGAACAUGCCUUUUGUGAAAGGAAUUGCGGACAGACACGACUGUGAGAGAACGGAAAAGAAAUGCAACCCUGCUUUUCUUAAAUUUCACCCUUACCCCCCUUCAUUCGUACCAAACUAUCAUUUACACUAUCCUUAUCCCCCACCACAUGGGCCAGAUUACCCAUUAUUUCCACUCCGUGAUGAUGUACCCUUAGGUGAUCCCUGUUCGGGGUUCAUGAGUCCUGGUGGCGACGCUGAUUUAAAGCCUGGCAUUGGCAGAACCAUCCCAAGUCUGGUGGAUUUGAGUGACGUGAAACCUCAACAACGAGUUCCCAGGCCAGAUACGGGAUUUCAAACAACGCUAAAAAAGCAAAAAAUUUUAUUAGAAGAACUAAAACAAGACAGAAAGUGGAAUUCCAGGGCAACUUCAGAUACUGCCAUCAGAGCAAGACUUGGAGGAUGGACCAGCCCAGUGAGAGUCGCUCCUCCCCAGCCUCGGCAUGAAGCGUGCUCAGUCACUCACACGUACAUGUUCGGUGAGGAAGCGGCCUGUGAAGAGGACAGAGAGCUCCCUGCACAGCCAAACAAGAAACGUGAUGCGAAGGACUUGUUUUAUAUGUCCUCGACACAAAGAGCUUAUGAAAGCGUUCCCUGGGACAAGAUGCUGGCGCCAAAACUCGACCCAGAGGAGACCACAGUGGAAAGAGCUGCCGACCCCGUCUCACAGUGUUUCACACAGAAAAGAUACGAGAGGGUCCCGGCAAUAACUCAGAUGGUCGGUGGACUCUGGGACAGAUUUCAGACGAGAUCCUUCUUGGUUCCGGCAAAACCAGUCAAUUUUGUGAGUCCAAGUUCUAGAAGCAAAUACAUUCCUCUCUACACCGGCCACGUGCAGGCCACCAACGCUGACGACAUUGACAACCCCUCCGGAGACAUCACAUCUCUGGCCAAGCCUCGGAGCUCCAGAAUCCUUCACUCACAGACAGGCUGCUCUGCCAACAUCCCGGGGUACACGGGGAAGGUCCAUUUCACAGCCACCCACCCGGCAAACACCCACGUUCCCGCCGCCGUCCCCUCGCUGGACUCGGAGGUGCACCGCGUCUUGAGGAGAGACAUGGCCGUCACCCUCUUCCGUCGCCAGGCACCGCUGUCCCGGAUGGUCUCAACGGUGAAGCCCUACAACCCCUUCAACAACAGGAAGCAGACUAUAGGCUACUGAAGAGCUGCCGUCCAGGGAGACUCCCC